AUGAGGCUUACUCCAGCCAUGCUUCAGUCAGAGGUAGCUCCAGGCUGCUAGAAAAUACUCAUUGAUUUAGAAUAAUUCUUGUCAUUAAAUCCUGAUCCUAAGAACAUGAUUAAUAAAGUUCUAUUGUCCUUGUGGAAGCGAAGUAAUAGAAGAAACUCAUCUGAUGAUUCAUAUGAGAACUAGACACAAGGAGUCUUAAAGAAUUUACAUAGCAGUAAAAAAAUCGUUCAGCGAGUAUCAAAUGAGUGA